UAAGAGGAAAGUGAGACGCUCCGCUUGCCUCUGUAACAUUUCGUAUACGUUUAAUAAGUUAACAUUAAUAAUUCAUCAAAAUAAUAAUGAAAUAUUUAAUACCUUACAAUACAUUGGGUCUAAAUGAAAUACUACCUUUAUUUUGUGCAGUCUAAAGUUCUUGUAUAUAAUAAACAUAGUAUAAACUUCAAAAAUGGACCAACAAUUCUCAUUGUCCUGGAAUAAUUUUCACGGGAAUCUGACUAAAGGAUUCGCUGGUUUACUGGGUAAAGGCGAAUUUGUCGACGUGACUAUUGCAGUGGAAGGACAUUUAUUACAAGCACAUAAAGUCAUAUUAUCGAUAUGUUCACCAUAUUUCAAGAAAAUGUUUCAGAUCAAUCCGUGUCAACAUCCUAUUGUUGUUCUGAGAGAUAUUACACACAAGGCCAUGAGAGACCUACUGCAGUUUAUGUACCAUGGAGAAGUCAGUGUAAAACGAGAAGAUCUCACUAGUUUUAUAAGUACUGCAGAAGUAUUACAAAUCAAAGGCCUGACAAACAAAGAGACUGAAGAAGAUAGUGAAAAAGAACAAGAAAUACCAAAACAUGUCACAGAAGGUAACAUACCUGAUGGAGAUUCACAUGUUUCUGACUCAUAUGAUACAAAUGUAAAUGAUGAAACCACACAUAACAAUCAACUAGAUGUUUUGAAACAUAGACAAUUCAUUGAAAGACUGCAAAAGUUCAGUAAUUUAAAAAGAAAGUCUGAAGAGUUUAUUCAAAAAAGUUAUUACUCUGACAUAAUAAAUCCAGAAAAGAGGCCUAAAACUAAAGAAAAGUCACCAUACAGCCAACAAAAUAAUCACAUGUUACAAAGUAACAAUUACGAAAACUUGAAAAAUUUAUAUGAAGACAGAAGUGAUAUUUCAUCAACAUACAAUUCACAAGGACAAAAUACUUGUAAUUCUGAUAGAGAAAUAAAUGAUAACAGUAAAGAGCAAUCCCCCUCUAACAACUCUAUUGAAUUGAAAACUGAAUGUGAUGACAUGGAUAUCAUAGUAACAGAUCCUGCUGUAUGCACAACUCCAAAGAGUUAUGAAGGAUCUAGGGAAGGCAAGAAAGAUGCAUCACUAUCAGACUACCAGGCUCCACAAGACAAUUGUAGCAGUCUAAACUCAUUGUUCAUCGACCUAAAAAACUUAGUGAAUGGUAAGGUGACUAACAACAUGUCGAGAACUAAUAUGAAUGAAGAAUUCUUGAGACCAACUAUGGAUCAUCGUCUAAUAACAAUUCCUCAGAAGGAAGAUGGAAAAAAGAAAUAUCCUCAACGCUCAUGUCGACUUUGCUGGAAAAUAGGGAAAAGAAGAGAUACCCGAUUCAUGUGUAGUGCUUGCGAGCUACCAUUUUGCAAGUCUCCAUGCUUUGAGAUCCAUUUUAAUGAUGUUCUAAAAAUAUCUCAGUUGCAGGGCGAUUAUUAUGCGACAUAAAACUCUUUUCUUAGUUUUCCCAUAUUUCUUUUUCUACAUUACAUUAUUAUAAGAUUGGUAGAAAUCACAAGUGAUAAAAAGCUAGUAUUUAAAAAAUAUCUAUAUUUUAUAAAUGAACAAAACAAAGUGAAUCAUAGAUUCUGAUACGGUUCCGGGACCAAAAAAAAUUUCAGUUAAAAAAAAGAUAUAUUAUAUACAUAUAUAUAUAUGAACUUUAUAAGAAGACACUAUCUGAUAGAUUGAAUAUCUUUAUUAUAAGAAUAAGAUUUAUAACUACAUAGUUUAAAAAAAAUACGAUAUAGGUAUUUGCCAUAAUUUAAUCAUGAAGCACAAUAAGUUAAGUAUCCAACUGUGAUAGUGGAAAUCUGCUCUCAAGUGCCAAUCAAUAAAUCUUUUUAUAUUAUGUGCGGAAAUUUAUGAGUGAUAUAUUUACUUAUUUUUUUAUUUUAGUCUGUGCCAUGAGUUAUUACCAUAUUAUAGGUAUAAACUCGCGCAGUUAAAGAACAGGAUUAAAAUGGCAGAGUACGGUGCUGUACGGUCAACUUACAAAGUACAAGCAUUACAUCAAUUUCAUUGUUGUUUUUUCUGUUUAUUUAAUGAUAAAUUAAUAUCACAUUUAUUACUAAAUAAUUAACAUAUAGGGUGAUAAUAAUCUUACAAAAUCGAUAAUAGUUUACAAUAUUUAAUAAUGGUGUCACCAUUAUUCAGUAUUGUAAACUAUUUUUAACUUUUAGUCGCUUAAAC